AUGAAGAACUACUGUAAAAAUAAGGAAAAUCUGCAGAAACACGCGUGUCCCGUCGUAUUCUACUUACAUGGCGGUAGUCUGAAUUACGACUCGGCUGUGAUGUUCGACGACCAAUACAUAACGGAUCGAUAUUCGUCAAAAGACGUGGUCUUUGUAAUAUCCGCUUUCCGACUUGGGAUUUUCGGUGUUUCUGCGUUCGCUGACGACACAGUGGUUCCUCGGAAUUUAGCCCUCUACGAUAUCGUUGCCGGCUUGGAAAUGAUGCACGAGGAAAUCGAAGCAUUUGGUGGUGAUCCAAUGAGGGUAACCCUCAUGGGUCAUUCCCAGGGUGCGAGCAUCGCUGUGGUAUUCGCCGUGUCC